UGCAGUCCGAUUCCUGGGAGAGCAGAGCAACAAGCGCAGCAAUACCGCAAGGCUAUGACAUGACUAUGAGGAAUUUAGACUCGUCACUAGGAAUUAUCAAUUUGUUUGUUUUUUUGACACUGGCAUUCACUGUAAUAUAUUUCAAAAAAUAAAAUGUGAAGGUUUGGACUGGAGUUUACAAACUAUAACCCGGUCGGUGGCAGCUCCGCAUGACGUCAGAGGCGCUGGUGUGCUGGACAGUUCUCAGAAUAUAAUUCUUGGAAUUGGCGAAUUUUAAAAGCCAAACCCACAGUCUUUCCUUCACACGCUUAGAAGCCAUUCUAGUGGCAACACUCAUCGCACUGCUGCUCUGUAUUCUAUUUGUCUAAAUUAUACAUUUAUUAUAUUGCUUUUGAAUUAGUUAAUUACAGACCGUCUAUUAACAUAUGGGAUAUUCGGACACAACUUCUCUAUUCACUGAACAGAUGCGUGGGACAUUCAGUACAAAAUAAAGACAUUCCUUUGUUUCGACCGGCUUUAUUUCCGUUAAACCGCUGUGGAAUUAGACUAGUAUGGGAUAUUGAAGACUCACCAUCAUGAUUCUUUGUGUUCAGAGCCCUAGACCACUGCUGUCUGGUACACCCACAGAGGGCCACCUAGGAAUGCGGACAGGGAGCGUCUCCUCCCCUCACUGCAUUCACAGCACCUCUCCGCAGUGGGACCCCACAAAAGACCUGCGCACCAUCGCCAACAACACAUUCUACCUUGAUACCUCAGGCUGGUACUGGGGAGCCAUCACAGCAGGUCAGGCCCAUGAAGCUCUGCAGGCAGCGUCAGAAGGGGCCUUUCUGAUUCGAGACAGCAGCCAUCCCCUGUACAUGCUGACCCUGUCUGUUAGGACUGCCCGUGGCCCCACCAGUAUACGCAUCCAGUACAGUGGAGCCCGGUUUCUGCUAGACUCCAGCUCGCCAGCCCGACCUAGCCUUCUGUCCUUCCCUGAUGUGCCGAGCAUGGUGCAGUACUAUGUGGGACCAGGGAGGAAGGUGCAGCAGGGGAAGGUGGAGGAAACUCAUGGUGGCAAGCCUGCCCAGAGGACAGUUCAGGAGAGCACAGUACUGCUGAAGCUCAAGCGGGCCCUGCACAAGCCCCAGGCUUUCCCCUCCCUACAGCACCUUGCACGCCUCACCAUCAACUGUAGCACAGACUGUCCUGACCAACUGCCUCUGCCACGCCCACUGGUGCGCUUCCUGCAGGACUACCCGUUCCAGGUAUGAGGGUCCUGUGAUCCGUUCAACUAAAUCUCGAGGAGCGCUGUCAGAAAUUGGUCCCUGGCAGCUGGAAACCACAUCACUGCACUGGCCCACCCCUCUUCCCCAUCUCAUCGACGGCCAACCGGCGUACAGGGUGAGAUGUCUCCGGAAGGUAUGGCCUCAGGGAAGGGGUUUCCAGUACCUGGUUGACUGGGAGGGUUAUGGCCCGGAGGAGAGGUGCUGGGUCUCACCUAGGGACAUCCUGGACCCAGGCCUCAUCUCUAAACUCCAAUGCCAGCACCCCGCUCAACCAGAGGAGUACAUAUCCCGGGAGCUAUUUGACACAGUACAGGUGUACAUCAUUACCAAACCAGAACUGCAGAACAAACAGAACAGACAGCGUGGUGAAGAAGGCGCAGCAGCGCCUCUUCAACUUCAGGAGGCUGAAGAAAUUUGGCUUGUCACCAAAAGCACUCACAAACUUUUACAGAUGCACAAUCGAGAGCAUCCUGUCGGGCUGUAUCACCGCCUGGUACGGCAACUGCUCCGCCCACAACUGUAAGGCUCUCCAGAGGGUAGUGAGGUCUGCACAACGCAUCACCGGGGGCAAACUACCUGCCCUCCAGGACACCUACACCACCCGAUGUCACAAGAAGGCCAUAAAGAUCAUCAAGGACAACAAUCACCCGAGCCACUGCCUGUUCACCCUGCUAUCUUCCAGAAGGCGAGAACAGCCGUGGAGAAGAAGGGAAUUGGUGGUCCAGUGUGCAUUGAGCACAAGAAGUACAGCCGCAAUGCUCUACUCUUUAACCUCAGACUUGUGUGUGACACACGGACCGAGACCUGUGCCCUUGAGCCGAUUGUCAAGAAGCUCUCUGGGUACCUCACAACACUGGAGCUGGAGAGUGGGCUCAUAUCGAAUGAGGAGAGCAAACAGAAACUGCUACCCAUUAUGUCCACGUUGUUAGAGGAGCUCAAUGCUACCGGAGCCUGCACCUUACCCAUCGAUAUGUGUUUGCAUUUGCAAUUUGUGAGACAAUCGUUUAAAGAUCAAACCCGAUAUCUCAGUCUCACACAUGCUUCUUCCCUCCCUCUUAUUCAGAGGAGUCCAAUUACAAUCAACCUAAAGCAGGGACCCUCUGAUCGUGCAGGAGUACAACGUGCCUGUCUUCACUCAGUGCAAGGACCACUUCAUCAAAUCCCAGUGGGAUCUCACCACUCAACAGGACCUUACAGGCUCUGUUUGAAGGGCGAAUUGGCUCUGGAAUGCAAAACAGCCAAAUACUCCAUCAAAACGUGAAUCGAUUCUCAAUUGAGAUCCUGGCCUACGUUGAUGGGUUCAGGCAUAUCCAGAAGUUAUCUGCAGAAGCGGAUGUUGAACUUAAUCUGGGCCGGAUCGCCGUACAGAAUUUACUGUAUUAUGGUGUUGUAACCUUGGUGUCAAUAUUUCAGUACUUCAACUGCACAACCCCUAAAGUCCAGAGCCUGAUAGAUGACAGGUCCAUUCAGGCGGAGUGUCUCAGCUAUGUCACCAAGCAAGGACAGAAGAGAGCCUGUUUAAGGGAUGUGUUGCAGCUAUACUGCUCUGACUCCAGGCACCACAGAUCUUUGCUCCCGCUACUUGCAGCAGGUGCAGAGGGUAGAUGAGAGGAAUGAGCUACAAAGAGCUGGACGAGCAUUUGGAGAAUGACCCAAACAUCAUUGUGUGCUGGAAGUGAUACCCUGGCUUAGUCAGCAACCACACUGACUUUGAUGCAGAUAGAGUAAGCCCCCUCUCAAACAAAGACAGAGAGAGCCACACGAAGGGCUGCUGUCCAGGAGAGACAAAGUGAAGUAACCGAGGCCAAAGAUGCCAUAAAGUGACUUCUUCCUAUCACUGGAAAUCUUCUGGAAAAUAUCUGUGUAUUCAAAGGCUAAGACAUGUAGGUAUUUUAUACUAGCAGUAUGUCACCAAGCUCACUUAUCUUCAGGUUUUUCCAUCCAGACUCUUGAAGCAAUCAUUGUUUUGGGAUAGUUUCAUUCAGAACAAUGAAUGGAAGAAUUCAUAAAGACCACAAAACAAGGAACAGUAUACUUAUUUAUUAAUUGUGCAAAAACUCUACUUUAUAUACACACUCCUUGCAAUAAUAAAGAUGCAAUUGUCGUCGUCACCCACUGUCUGACUGUUGAUCUUGCACACCUCACCUAGUCUAAAGAUGAUUAUUGCCCACCUUCGCCUCUUCCUCUCUGCGUAGGCUUACCUCGGGGAUCUUUUUGUACCGCUCUGUCUCUUGUAGUCAUGCUGUCUGUAAUGCGCAUGCGUAUGUAUCCAGUAACCAUGCCAACCUUUUGGUAUCAGCACGUACAGUGAGUUAGCGCGUCAAGCUGCCUCAGUCUCCACACUUUCUCUCAACUCAGCCUUACAAACAUUUAUUGUCGAGAAUAUGGAAACCUCUGUUCUUUUUCCCGGAGAGGCAGAAGGAUAUGUCCAAAAUCUGGAAACAUUCUCACUCAGGGACAUUGGCACUCCAAGGUGGUUCAGACAACAUGAGUACAUAGAGAAACUCAACAUGCAGGCGAUAUUGAACGCUUCAUCCACAGCCACUCAGGACGAGUUCGUCAAGGAGCUCCUUGUGUCACUGGGAAAGAUUCCCACCCUGGUCCAUGAGAUGAUUCUGGUGGAGCUUUGGAAACAGAAGGUGUUUCCUAUUUUCUGUCAACUCCAAGACUUCAAUCCGAAGAGCACCUUUCCUCUGUACAUGGUGAUUCACCAUGAGGCUACAAUCAUCAACCUACUUGAGACAAUUAUGUUUCACAAGGACUCUUGUGAGGCAGCAGACGACUCAGUCCUGGACCUGGUGGACUACUGCCACCGCAAACUAGCCCUUCUGGCCAGCAGAGCAUCCAGGGAUGACACCCCAACAAAAGACCGACUCAGUCACACAGAGAGUGGAGACUCAUCCUCUAUACAGGAUUUGCAGGGUCAGAAUGCGGCAUUAGAGUUUGAAAUUUCCCUCAAGGCUCUGUCUGUCCUGCGCUACAUCACUGACCAUACUGACAGUAUCAGUGUGAUCAAUAGGAUGCUGUGCACCCAUAACCUGCCCUGUGUGCUGGUACAGCUGGUACAGCACAGCCCCUGGAGUCGCUAUUCUGCAGGUGUAAUGGAGAAGUACAUGAAUGGAAAAUGGCAGAAAGUUCCAUCUGAAGACCGUCUAAAGAUGACUAAAUUGGACGGCCAAGUCUGGAUUGCUCUGUACAACCUGGUGCUGAAGGAAGACUGCCAAAGGAAAUAUGACUUCAAUAACUUCAACAAGAACCAGCUCUUAAAGUUACGAGGUUUCCUGACGGAGGUGUUAGUUGACCAGCUGCCCAACCUGGUAGAGCUCCAGCGCUUCCUCAGUCACCUCACUGUCACAGACCCUGCCCCUCCAAAGAAAGACCUCAUCUUGGAACAGAUUCCAGAGAUGUGGAACAACAUUAUGCGGGACAAUACAGGGAAGUGGAAGGCCAUUGCCAAGUACCAAGUGAAGGAAACGUUCAACCCCUCAGAGAAGGACCUGAGACAGCAAGCACUCAGACUGGCCCAGACCUAUAACCUGGAUGUGAUGGAGAGUUUGAUCCCUGAGAAGCCCAAGUGUGGAGCCUGUGGGGCCGAGGCUUCUAAGAGAUGCUCCCGCUGCCAGGGAGAAUGGUACUGCCAGAGGGAAUGCCAGGUGAAGCAUUGGUCCAAACACAAGGUUGCCUGCCAGCUGAUGGCCGACGGCACAGAGAUGCUCCAGAAGGACCUGGCCGUAACGCCUACAGAGAGAGAGGCAGACAUAACUGACAUAUUGGACUGAGUGAUGUGAGAGAGAAGGGGCUAAGUCAAUGGACAGUUCUCUACCUAAAUGCCAUUUGGGAUGGGAUUCGAAUGCAGUUGGUUUUGGACUGUUUAAUGUAAACAUUUUGAGGUUUGUCUCGAUUCAAUUCCAACUUCUAGAUUUGAUGAAUUACAAUGAUAAUCUAACUCGUGAUUAGAAGGGUUAAUUUAAGUAAUGAACUGCUAAACCUUUGCUAUCCCUUUGAUCUCAGACCUGAUACUGAGUGGAACUCACAGGUUGAAUUUGGGAGGGGGCAGAACUCAAGACUUUUAAUAAUCAGCUCUCCUCUGUUGUAGCUUUUUUGGGCUUUUUUUUAAUGCUUUCUAUGCUUCUGUUAUAUAUAUUGAGAGAAACAAUGUGUAAGUACAAGAAUAGCCUAUGUUUUCGGCUACAGGUGUUUUGACUCAUCAUCUUGGUCAGUGAUCCUGGGAUCAGAAUCUGCCUGUUGUUCAGGUAACAGCAAGGUAUCCAUUUCACGGGGUUGUAUUUCAAAGUAACUUUAUCCACUUGAUUGUUUAGACUUUGCACACCACUUUUAAAAAGGUGUGCCUGCCAUGUCUUUAACUCACACCCCGUUGUUCACGAAGUUCACAAACCGUUAAUUGCAUAAGCUGUCAAUGGAUGAUUACGCAAAUUAUUAUCCCCGUAAGGUCGUUUUUAUUUGGAUGUCACUGGGGUGGGGAUUUCACACACCCCUCACUCCUGCUCUACUGUCCAAGACUCAGAAGCACCCCCUAUGUGAAAGAAUUCCGCAUGUCAAGAACAGUAGGCUGCUCUUCACUUCCUUUUCUUUCUGUUAUUAAAUUGUUACUGCUGCAUCAUAUGUUGGAGUGUCAGAAUUGGUUGACGGGACGGUUACAAAGUAAACAUGCUGCUGAUA